GGCUCCAGCAGCAUUAAGAAAGCUCAGGUCAUAUUAACAAAAAUUUCCGCUCUGAAUUUAUUUAGUUCUUCAAAGUUCAAACCAAUCCGGUAGAGAAUUUGAUUUCUGCGGCAGAGAUGGUUCGUAAAGGUUAUGAACAAGCCAAAUCAGGUUUUCAACUGCUCAAAACCCUGAGCGCCGAUAAGUACCUGAGGAAGAUUGGGUUCGGAAAAGAAGAUCGGUAUUUCUGGAAGCAAGUAGGCAAGGCUCUGUUGUGCACCUACACAAUUUUUGGGGCUGCUUGGGUUUACAAUGAAACGUCUCCGCUGGGUUGGUUCGAGAUGACUCCUGCACGAUCCCCGGAGGAGAGGAAAUUAGCCCACCUCUACGAGCGGAUAGAGUAUCCGUAUCCGGGCGAUGCAGAAGCCAUGGACGAGUUCAUUGCUAAGGGAGGCACGAUUGGGACCAAGAUUGGACCCAAAGGAACCAUCCAAACUGAUAUGGAUAGAAGUAAUUUUCGGAAGAAGUUGCAGGAAGACAAGUUUGAGCGGGAAGCCCAGAAGCUUUGGUUGAGGAUGAGGAACGAAGUUAUUCAAGAGCUUCAAGAAAAAGGGUAUGAUGUUGAGUGAAUCGCUUUGGAAUCGAAUGUUUAUGAUCACUUGGACGGAAACCAUUUCUGUUAUGAGCAGCAACAUUAGCUGUGUGUCUGAUCCAAGUCAUGGCUUGAAUAAUCAGGGCCAAACAUUGGCCUUUUCUUCAUUUAUAUAUAAUUACACUCUAGGAUUGUAGAGUAUUGUGAUAUCUUCUACUGUUCUCUCUUAACGUUCCUGCUUAGUUUGAUUUCGUGUACUGAAUAUAGAGUCACUGUUGAGCUGUGCAAUAUAAUGAUCAUAUGUUAUCUGGCCUCCA